AGCCGAAGAGAGAGAGAGAGUGAGAGAGGUUCUCUAGUAUAUGUUGCACGUGAAAAAUGGCUGCUACCUUGAGGCUUAAACACGCUGUUAUAUUAGGAAGAUAUCUGUCGAAAUCGUUAAAUAACAACUUAGAGAAAAAAUUAUUCCAGUUGCAAUGUCUACGACUACCAGUUGCUACCUGCAAUCACGUGAGAUAUUUGUCCUCACAACCAGACGUUCAAACUACAGAAUACCACAAUAUUAUAACAGAUACAGAAAAAGCGACAGGUAAAAGUGCCACACAUGAAUUUCAAUCGGAGACACAAAUGUUGUUGCAGAUUGUGGCUAAAUCUUUAUAUUCAGAUAAGGAGGUAUUUGUGAGAGAGCUUGUGUCAAAUGCUAGUGAUGCUUUGGAGAAAUUACGGUACUUGAGAUUAAGUGAUAAUGUAGCUGCGGAAACUGCCGGUGCCAGGAGCUUAGAGAUACAUAUAGGUACUGAUAAACAAAACCGUACUCUUACAAUUCAAGACACUGGUGUGGGGAUGACUAGGGAGGAAUUAAUAUCCAACUUGGGAACUAUAGCACGAUCUGGCUCUAAGGCAUUUCUAGAAAAAUUGAAGGAAGAUAAAGAUUCAAACGACACUUCUAAAAUUAUUGGUCAGUUUGGUGUUGGAUUUUACAGUGCUUUUAUGGUCGCUGACAAAGUGGAAGUAUUUACAAAGUCAUUUACAAAAGAUGCUGAAGGUCUUUGUUGGGUUUCGGAUGGGUCGGGCACAUUUGAGAUUUCGAACGCUGAUGGUGUGCAACCAGGCACAAAAAUUGUUAUAUACCUGAAACCGGACUGCCGAGAAUUCAGCGACGAGAAUACAAUCAAUCGUGUCAUUAAUAAGUAUAGCAAUUUUGUCGGCAGUCCCAUUUUUGUAAAUGGAAAGAAAGCUAAUACAAUUCAGCCGCUGUGGAUGUCCGAUCCGAAAGAUGUGACGCCGUUACAGCACGCGGAAUUUUAUCGAUUCGUAGGAAAUUGCUUUGAUGCCCCACGAUUUAUAUUGCAUUACUCGACUGACGUACCAUUGAGCAUCAAGGCUCUCUUAUACUUUCCUGAGGGAAAGCCGGAACUGUUCGACUUGGCAAGAGACACUACCAGCGGAGUGUCGCUCUAUAGUCGAAAGGUUCUUAUUAAAAGUAAGGCGGAGAACAUCUUACCGAAAUGGUUACGCUUCGUAAAGGGAGUAGUCGACUCAGAAGACAUACCGUUGAAUUUAAGUCGUGAGCUACUGCAAAAUAGUGCAUUAAUUGGAAAACUACGAAACGUAUUGACUGCUCGUAUAUUGAAAUUCCUGCACGAGCGAUCCACAAAGCAGCCCGAGGAGUAUGAUCAGUUUUACAAGGCCUACGGCUUGUUCUUGAAAGAAGGCAUUGUCACUAGUAGCGAUCAGUCCGAGAGGGAAGAUAUAGGUAAACUUCUGCGCUUUGAAUCUUCCGCUGCCGCUCCAGGUGAGCUGGUCAGUCUGCCGCAAUAUUGCAGUCGUCUGGCGAAAGACCAAAAAGAUAUAUAUUAUUUAUCAGCGCCGAGUCGAGUUUUGGCCGAACAAUCGCCGUAUUACGAAUCUCUGAAGAAACGAAAUAUCGAAGUUCUGUUCUGUUACGAGCCAUAUGAUGAGUUAGUGUUGAUGCACUUGAAACAGUAUAAAUCCAAUUUCUUGACAUCCGUGGAGAAAGAAAUGCGCGAUGAUAAAGAGGCAAACAAGCCGGAAAAUUUAGGUAUUAUAAAUAAGGAUGAAUUGGAUAGUCUUGUAAACUACAUGAAAAAAAUCCUUAACAAGAAGGCGUAUGACGUUAAGAUGACAAAUCGUUUGGAAUCGCAUCCGUGCGUUGUAACUGUACAGGACAUGGCGAGCGCGAGGCACUUUAUUCGCACGCAGAGCCAUCAAAUGAACGAGGAGAUGCGUUACUCCAUUCUUCAGCCGCAUUUUGAAAUUAAUCCGAAUCAUCCACUCAUCAAAAAGUUGUGUAAGUUAACGACUACGGAUGCCGAAUUAGCUGAUCGCCUAAUACAGCAGUUGUUUAACGGUGCCAUGGUUGGGGCCGGCCUGAUUGAAGAUCCGCGUAUACUACUGACACCAAUGAACGAACUACUUACGUUAGCGUUGCAAAAAUAUUAAUAAUUGAUUUUAAUGAGAAGAAGAGUCGUAUCGAUGUUUGAGAACGUGGAACGUAAGUAUCAUUCUGCGACUUCGAAGUGAAAUAAUUCAGUUUUUCUCCCUGUAUUUUCCAUUUCAACAUUUCUUCUCUUCGUUUUUAUAGAUUACUAAAGAACAUUUUGUAUGUUCCCAAAGAUUUCAUAUAAAAUAUGGACAAAUCCAUUUUUGUUACAUAAUAAUAAGAUCAAUAGAUGUUAAUAAAAGAGGUGAAACUUAUAGGCAAGAUUGGUUUCUUUAUUACAAUAAGUUGAUCUUGUACAAAUUAAUUAUAGCCUUACAAUAAUAAUAAGUCAAGUUCCUCAUUUUUUUUUUCUGAAAAAUUUCAUGAUAUCGAUAUGUAUUCUAUUAGCAGGGCUAGAUGUUAUGGCGAAUUUAGAAAUUGUACCCACAUUUCCCGUGUUUUCUUCGCACGAUCUAUGUUAGAAAAAAACUUGUACAGUUAUCUCAAAUAGUACGCAAAUGGCGAGUAAUAAAUAAUUUUAUAAAA